GGAGAGGAAACUAGGGAUUGGCAUAACCUUCCUACAAAGCUUAGAGACCAUAAAAGGAAUGUAGAACAUAUCACCAAUGUCGUGAGGUGGGUGGACUUGCAAAAGGGACUUCAACAAAAAGCAACAAUUGACAAGAAAAUGGAAGAUCAAAUCAACAAAGAGAGAGUUCGUUGGAAGAUGAUACUAGUUCGAAUAAUUGGGGUUGUGAAGACUCUUUCUCGAAAUAGUUUGCCAUUCCGUGGAACUAAUGAGAAGAUUUAUGAGAAGAAUAAUGGACUUUUUUGUCAACUUAUUGAAUUUGUUGCAGAGUUUGAUCCUAUCAUGCAAGAGCACCUUCGACGUGUGGUAGAUAAAGAGAUUCAAAAUCAUUAUCUUAGCCACAAAAUUCAAAAUGAAUUGAUAAGCUUGUUGGCGAAAGAGAUUAAAGAUAAAAUCUUGAAGAAGAUUUUAAAAGCAAAGUACUUUUCGGUUAUCCUUGAUUGUACUCCUGAUCUUAGUCAUGAUGAGCAAAUGUCGAUUUUUAUAAGAUGUGUGGAUGUUGAGGAUGAAAGUAAAGUCAAGGUGGAGGAAUUCUUUCAUGGAUUUAUUAAGGUUCAUGACACGUCGGGGCUUGGGCUUUUCAAGUGA